AUGCGUGCUACUUCCACUGAACUGCAGUGUCGCCUUGGUGAGCUGACCAUGGAGCGUGAUGAGCUGCGUGCCAGUAUGGCUGAACUGCACAGCUGCCUGAGUGAGGUGACCGCAGAUCGCGAUGAACCCGGGGCGGGUCUCUUUGGCUUUGAAGAUUCCUGUGGACAAGUGGGGAGUAAUGAUGCGGAGUCUGCAGGUGCUGUUGGCUUUGAGGCUUGUGGCUCUUUGAAGGAGAAGAGCCCGUUGGAAUUAUUAGCCUCGGAUUUUGUGGUUGGUGUCGGUGGUGGUGUUGAUGAUGCUGGUAAUUCGUGGAAAUUAGGACUUGAACUCGACGUUCGUGAGAGGUAUCUUGAGGAGCGUUUUUCCAGGGUCCGUGAGAAGGAGAGGAAAUUGCUGGCUCUGGCGCGCAGACUUAGGGUUGCACAUGCAGAACUUAAAAGGGGUGAACUUUUGUUGCGUUCAUCUCAAUGUGACGUUUCUGAAGAGAGUUGUGAAAUUGAUGAAAAUCACCGCGAAACGUUCUCAGGCGAGAAUAAUAGGUGGCAUAGUGACGUGGUGGGGAUCAGCAAGCGUGAUAGGGACUCCGUGAGUGGUGCUGAUGCUUCCGAACAGCAAAAACUUGUGCGGGCAACCGAAUUGUACCGUGACCUGUUGUAUGAACAUAUUCUGGAUGAGUCUGGUGUUUCGGGCUCCGCUGCUGUUCGUGAGUCGUCGGGAGGGGAAACGGCGGUUGAGAAAACUGUGCGCAUGCUUUCGGAACUCGAACGUCUUUGUGGUUCGCCGAAGUGCGAAAACAACGGUUGUGUCUCGUUUUCUACGCAGGAUUCAGAAAAGGCUUUUUACCGUGAUUACAGUGAACGCUGCCUCCAGGCGUUCCGUCGCCUUGAGAAGGCAAUGGAGGCGCUGUCUUGA